AUGAGCGCCCUGGCCACGUCGGCCCCCAACGCGUCCUGGGGGGCGCUGGCCAACGCCUCGGACGGCCCGGACCCCGAGCCGCGGCCGGUGGACGCCUGGCUCGUGCCGCUGUUCUUCGCCGCGCUGAUGCUGCUCGGCCUGGCAGGGAACUCUCUUGUCAUUUUCGUCAUCUGCCGCCACAAGCAGAUGCGGACGGUGACCAACUUUUACAUAGCCAACUUGGCGGCCACGGAUGUGACCUUCCUGUUGUGCUGCGUGCCCUUCACGGCCUUGCUCUACCCGCUGCCCGCCUGGGUGCUGGGCGACUUCAUGUGCAAGUUCGUCAACUACGUGCAGCAGGUCUCGGUUCAGGCCACGUGCGCCACUCUGACCGCCAUGAGCGUGGACCGCUGGUACGUGACCGUGUUCCCACUGCGCGCCCUGCACCGCCGCACGCCCCGCCUGGCUCUGGCGGUCAGCCUCGGCAUCUGGGUGGGCUCUGCGGCCGUGUCCGCGCCGGUGCUCGCCCUGCACCGCCUCUCGCCGGGGCCCCGCACCUACUGCAGUGAGGUCUUCCCCAGCCGCGCCCUCGAGCGGGCCUUCGCUCUCUACAACUUGCUGGCGCUCUACCUGCUGCCGCUGGCCGCCACCUGUGCCUGCUACGGGGCCAUGCUGCGCCACCUGGGCCGCACCGCCGUGCGCCCCGCGGCCACCGACAGCGCCCUGCAGGGGCAGCUGGGGGCAGAGCGAGCUAGCGCUGUGCGGGCCAGGGUCUCCAGGCUGGUGGCCGCGGUGGUCCUGCUCUUCGCUGCCUGCUGGGGCCCCAUCCAGCUGUUCCUGGUGCUGCAGGCUGUGGGUCCAGCGGGCGCCUGGCACCCGCGCAGCUACACCGCCUACGCGCUCAAGAUCUGGGCACACUGCAUGUCCUACAGCAACUCCGCGCUGAAUCCGCUGCUCUACGCAUUCCUGGGCUCCCACUUCCGACAGGCCUUCCUCCGGGUCUGCCCCUGCGCUCCCCGGAGGCCUCCGCAGCACCGGGGGUCUGGACCCUCAGACCCCACCGCCCCCCACACGGAGUUGCACCGCCUGGCGGCCCACCCGGCGACCGCCAGGACCCAGACACCAGGGAGCCGUGUGUGUGUCCGGAGGGAGCACCCAGGCUGUGUGUCCUGA